AUGAAUCGGUUCGAAUUUCGGAUAUCUGAUCGUAAUGGACAGCUCCAGUGGACAUCAUGCACCAGAAAUAGUAAGACUAUGCUGGUGAGUGGUGAUGACACAUCAAAUAAGGUACAGAGACAAGAAAAACAAAAGUGUAGGAAAAUAAUAAACAAGAAGAGCUCUAAAUUUGUGUAUAAAAAGAGGAAGUUACUGGGGUUAGCUGCUACAGAACCACUUGAUUGUGCGAUUUGCUUAUUGGAAUUCGAGCACGGAGAUAAAGGGAGGAAGAUUGAAAGUUGCAGUCAUAUGUUCCAUGGAAAUUGCUUAAAUAAAUGGCUAAUGCAUGGGAAGGGACAAGGAACUUGCCCGCUUUGCCGGAGCGUGAUUAUACCGGAAAAUAUGGUGGAAGGUCACCGGAAAGUUGAAGAUGAAGGAUUGGCGUUUACUUUCUUUGAGGAGGAACUUGCUCUUCUAUUGCUGUCUGGCUUGAGUAGUGGAUGUCGCACUCAAGGGCGUUUCUAG